AUGGGUUGGAUUCAGAUUGUUCUGGGAGGGCUUGUGAUUUUUGUAAGCCUAUGUAGUUUAUUUAGAUUCUAUACUGCAGGUUUCUUCUUGAACAAUGAAGAUAUAUGCCGCCAAUUCUAUGCUGUAAAGGAAGACUACAGCAGCUUUGAUAUCAGGGCUUUGAAUGCUCAAAUCGAUGAUGUUCUUAAUCAGUUGGAUAGCUUGCAGAGUAAACUCGAACUGAGUGUUCAGACAAUGGAAAAGAACAAAGUUGAUUUGCAGAAAGGCACUGUUUCCAGAUUGGAGCACAAGAGAUACUUAGAGGAAGAGGUGAUUCGGCCACUCUAUCAAGCUCACAUUGCUCUCAGGCAGAUAAGGUUGCCAAGCAUUGAAGGGAAUAGUACUGAAGAAGUAGUAAAGGAGGAUCCUUUAAUCAAUACCUUCAUCACAGAGGAGAUUAGGAAGUAUAUUACCCCGAAAACGAGCAGAGUCUCGAAGACGAAUUUCUACGGCACAGAGAAGAUAUACAACACUAUAGGGCAUGCUUGUGUUUUGAUGAAAAAAGAGCUGCAAGAGUACAUGGAUUAUGACAUCGGAUCUUAUUGCAGAGAUGACUGGAACUUGGCUCAGAAACUUAUGCUUGGUGGUUGCGAUCCUUUGCCGCGUAGGCGAUGUUUGACGAGGGCUUCCAAGCUCUACCAGAGGCCAUAUCCCAUCAAUGAGUCCCUGUGGAAAAUCCCUGAUGGUAGAAAUGUAAGAUGGAGCAAUUAUCAGUGCAGGAACUAUGAGUGUUUAUCCAGCAAGAACCCGAAGCGCGGCUACAUCAAGUGCUCGGGAUGUUUCGAAAUGGACAAGGAAAAGCUCAAGUGGGUGACAAACACAUCACUGCCUAUUGAUUUCCUGAUCAAACAUGUGUUGAAAGUCAAACCAGGGGAGAUCAGAAUAGGCCUGGAUUUCGGCGUUGGGACAGGUACAUUUGCUGCAAGAAUGCGGGAAGAGAAUGUGACUAUUGUAUCCACAGCUCUCAAUCUCGGAGCGCCUUUCAGCGAAACGAUUGCACUGAGAGGUUUGAUUCCACUCUACCUGACAUUGAAUCAAAGGCUUCCAUUUUUCGAUAACACGAUGGAUAUGAUCCACACAACUGGCAUCUUGGAUGGAUGGAUUGAUUUGCAAUUGUUGGAUUUCAUUCUUUUCGACUGGGACCGCAUCUUGAGACCGGGAGGGUUGCUGUGGAUCGAUCGCUUCUUCUGCAGCAGAAAGGAUCUUGAUGACUUCAUGUACAUGUUUUUGCAGUUCAGGUACAAAAAGCAUAAGUGGGCAAUUUCUCCCAAGUCCAAAGAUGAAGUCUAUCUCUCUGCACUCCUGGAGAAGCCCCCUAGAUCUUUGUGA